GUUGCAGUCUGGUUUCAGUUGCCCAUAAAAGUUAGUUUUGGGUUUUCCAGGGGUGGGUUCUCACUAAAGUGUUCAUUCCAGUGUUUGACUACUGGAGAGGCUGAUGCACUAGGAUUUUAAUUUUUGUAAAUAAUUUGCUGUGGCUUGUUUGAAGGUUUGAGGCUUGGUGAGUUCUAAAGUAAAUAUGUACAAAUUGUACCUGAUUCUAAGCUGUGCUAGUACCAUUUUCAGGCACUUCUUUCUCAGAGCUAUUCCCAUGAUCUGCCAAAAUAAUUUUUCUCUAGUUUUAGGUUCAGUGCUAGAUGUGACUUCUGUGCAUUCAGUGAGCCUCAGUGGAUAGACAAGAGUCUUUUCACUCCCUGUAAAUGACAAAUGUUUGCACUGUCUUGUGGCAAUGGCACUUCACAACUUAAAAAAGUUUGCUGCAAGGAACCAUCUCCUUCAGAUUCUUUUGAUCCUGCCUUCUCUGAGCUCCAUUUGAUGUGCUCUUACAUGGUGAAGGACAGAGAAAAUUUUGGUUUUCUCCAGCCUAAGUUCACUCUCAACUUUAUUACCUGUGAUGUCUCUUCCAAACUGAGGAAUCUUUCUUUGCUUAGGUCUUCCUUUUCAGAAGAUCUUGGUGCUUUUGAUCAUCUCUGCAGCACUUCCAGUUCUGCUCCCCCCCUGCUUAGAGGAAAAGCACCAGAUGUGCACAUAGAGCUCCAGACGAUGGUGCUCUGGGGACUUCUGUGACAGCACAGAAGCUGUGCUCUUCUUCUGAGAUCUCUGCUCCUUCUUCCUACACUGUUAAUUCCAGCUGCCUCUCCUCAGCAGUGGCCUUUUUCUGAGGGUUUGGGCUGUUUGCUCAGGGUGGCCUGGGCUGGAAUCCCUCUCCUGCCAGCAUUGGAGUGUCUGCAGUGUGUGUGUGAAGACAUGUAGCCCUUGUUAAAAGCUCCCAUUACAGGUCUUUCAGCAUCUGCUCGGUUCUGCUCAUGUUCCAUGUGCUCUGUGAUUUGCCCUGUGAUAGUCUUUUUGCUGUCCUUCAGCAGCCACAUCCAUCCUGCUGUGCCUGCCCUGCCAAACCAGGACUUUGCAGUUGGUAAAAGUUUGGUGGGGGAAGAGGAGGCUGCAGGUGGCUCUCAGGGGAGGGAAGAGGAGCUUGUCCUCUGUUCAGAGCCACUCUGCAGAGCCUGGUGGCUGCAGUGUUGGGGGUCUCCAGCCCUAUGGGGCCCUUUGACAGUGCAAGCUGUGUCUCCAUACCCAGAGAGCUGGGGCUACCCUGCUAGAAGUCAUUAGUGAGGCUGGGUUGGCUUCUUCUUGCUUUCUGGUGGUACUAGUUCUUCUUUCUGGUGACCCAAAGUUCUUGUAGCAUCAGGAGCUGGUGCAUGGUAGCUAAUCACUAGAUUUUGUAGGUUUGUGCCAAUAGCUCCUAGUGAUACCAAUGUAGAGGCAUACUGUGUUUUAGGAUAAAUGAAUUUAAGAUAAUUCCACCUUCCGAGGUGGAAGAUUAUUUUUAAGAGGCAAUUAGAUGGAAGACAGGAAAGAGUAACAAACUGAGCGAGUUUUACAGAAAUCAGCUUAUCAGAAAUGAGCUUAUCAGGAGUUUCCUGUUGCACAUACUGUGGUGUUCUAGAGCCUUUUCAGCUAAUUCAGCCUUUUCUAAACCGUUGUGGUUUUGUGUAAGUUGGACACCUCUGUGUGAUCUGGUGCAAGCAGGCACACACUCACCUGGUCUCUGUUCCACCUCACUUUGUGUUCCUUCAAAUGAAGAUUAUAUUCUUUCUGUUGUGAGAAUUUUUAAUUCUUCCAGACCAUAAACUGCUAAACAGAUUUGUGGAGUCUUCAAUAGUUAUACCUGCUGUCCAUCCAGUUGAAAAGAGUAUUUUUUUUGUUUUUCUGAUUUAUAUAAAGCAAGCCUGGGUAGAAGCCAUCCUCCUUGCCAGUAUCCCAGGAUCCCACCCUUUUAUGUAGACUAGUAAAUAUUUUCAAGAUCCUUUUGAUCUUUGUCACUGCCUUAUUUGAGUGUUCUGCUAAAUGUUGGAUAAAAAGGAAUUUAUGCCAAUGAACUUUGUUCAUCCUUACAAAGAAUGACAGUGACAGUAUCACUGGAAAUGCUACAUCAGAGAGAAUAAGGAAGAACAUACUGAAUUAAGUAAAUAUUUCAUUAGCGAUUUUAUAGCAUCUGUAAACAUUUGUGCAUUUUGCAAGAUAAAUACUCUCAAGCAUUUCUGUUUUCUAGUUUAAUGUCUGUACUAUAAAAGUACCUAAGAAUUCAGUCAGGGUUCAGUUUUAUAACACAUGCUGGGCAGUGUAGGCACCCCCUGACUAAUGAGAUGCUGAUUGCAAACAAAGCACUUGCACUGGGACUAGUUUCAUUCUGUGCUGGUACUGCCCACUGCUGUGUCAGGGUUUGCUUUCAUGUCUUGUAACUUAAUGUGAGUGUCUUGGGAUGGGGAGAUGAGUAACACUGUUGCUGAAAAAGGCCAAGAUUCUUGCUGCUUAUAGAUGUCUUUUCAAAGGUGUUGAUCUGGUGUUGGUAUCAGUUCUCUUUUUAGAUAUGGUCUUUGCUUUUUUAUUAUGAGCUUCUAACAAAAACUGAAUUAGUCAUGUUUUUCCCUCAAAAAAAUAUUCAAAAAAGGUCAAGUGGGUGUAGUAAAUGAGAAUUCAGAAAGGCACAGAACAAAAGCUGGAUUGUAGGUUUCUGUGGUGUCAGAGAUGGAGGACACUUCUGACAUCUCUCCUUGAAGCUGGUGCUAAAGGCAGUUUGGCCAGUUGUGGACAGCAGCUGUGCUAAGACAUACAGGCAGGUAGGGAUCAAAGGAAUUGAUAUACCUGGAAAUAUUUGGAAGAACAAAAGGAGUGUGUGACUUGACCAAAUGUUUGUGUGUAGGGAAUAUAAUAAUUCUGUGCAAACCCUGCAUCCCUGGAGAUUAAGUGGCAUUAGCAGAAGGAGAUAUUUUUAACUGUCCUAAGCUUUUAACUACCCACAGUGGACACAGAGGAAUUCCCUUUUCCUUUCAAAAAGCAGAUUUCUGUGUAUUUCAACACUGGCAUUCUCUCUCCUUGUAGGCUUCUCCUCCCCAGGCAAAACAAGCUCACUGAAUCCAGGCUUUCCCCACAGGACAUAUUUUCUGUAUCUUCUCUAGACUGACUUAUCUAUUUGCCAUAAAAUUGUUAAGGUCCAAGUAGUUGUUUUCAGUUCGUGUAUUUAAUUUGGAAGAAAGAUUUAUGUGUCCCAAAGCAUGUUUAUUAUUUCCAGCUAUUUCAAUUGGUCUAAUAAAAGAUAUUACCUCAUUGCAUAAACCUUUAUCUCAUUUAGGGACUUACAUCAUCACAAAUGGAGCAGCACUGCUUUUACUGUCAGUGUGACAGACUCUGUGUCCUGUCCUCUUGCUGCUUCCUGUCACUCCCAGUUUGUGCCUCUCUGUGUCUGGUUUAUCCUGCAUUCUUGUGUGUGUUUCUCUGCCCAUGUGCUGAGUUUUGAAGCUGAGGAGGUAACUCUGUCAAGCUGCUUUCUUACCAUUCUUCUGCAAUAGGAACUGUGGAUGGGACACCAAGCUGAGGAGCCAGACGUUUUAUUGAAGGCUUGUGUGUAGACCCUGAUGCUUGAAUGAAGAAUGAAAAUGCUCCCUGGAGUGGGUGUGUUUGGAACUGGUAGUGCUGCCCGGGUCCUGGUACCCUUGCUGAGGGCAGAAGGCUUCUCCAUUGAAGCUCUUUGGGGGAAAACUGAAGAGGAGGCCAAGCAGCUGGCAGAGGAAAUGAACAUCUCCUUCUACACGAGUCGGACUGACGAUGUCUUGCUGCAUCAGGACGUAGAUUUGGUUUGCAUCAACAUCCCUCCACCGCUAACUCGGCAAAUUGCUGUGAAGGCUCUAGGAAUAGGGAAGAACGUGCUGUGUGAGAAAGCUGCUACCUCUGUGGAUGCCUUCAGGAUGGUCACAGCUGCCAGGUAUUACCCCAAGCUGAUGAGCAUCGUUGGCAACGUUCUGCGUUUCCUGCCCGCCUUUGUGAAGAUGAAGCAGUUGAUAGAGGAGCACUACGUGGGCAACGUCAUCAUCUGCGACGUGCGAGUCUACGGGGGGAGCCUGCUCAGCCACAAGUACAACUGGAUCUGUGACGAGCUCAUGGGAGGGGGUGGGCUGCACACCAUGGGCACCUACAUCAUCGACCUCCUGACUCACCUCACCAGCAGGAGAGCAGAGAAGGUCCACGGUUUGCUCAAGACUUUUGUAAAGCAGAACACGGCCAUCAGCGGGAUCCGCCACGUCACCAGCGAUGACUUCUGCGUUUUCCAGAUGCUGAUGAGCGACGGCGUCUGUUGCACUGUGACUCUCAACUUCAACAUGCCCGGGUCCUUCAUCCAUGAGGUCAUGAUCGUGGGGUCUGCCGGGCGCCUCGUAGCUCGAGGGACAGACUUGUACGGGCAGAAGAACACUGCGCUCCAGGAAGAACUACUGUUUACAGACUCUCUGCCUGUCAACAAGGGCCUUUUGGAUAAGGGCUUUAAGGACAUCCCGCUGCUUUACCUGAAAGGAAUGGUGUACAUGGUGCAAGCCCUGCGGCAGUCUUUCCAAGACCAGGAAGACCGUCGGACGUGGGAUCAUAAACCUGUGUCUAUGGCAGCCUCUUUUGAAGAUGGUCUCUACAUGCAGAGUGUGGUAGAGGCCAUCAAGAAAUCGAGUAGGUCAGGUGAGUGGGAGACUGUGGAGGUGAUGACUGAGGAACCAGAUGCCAACCAAAACCUCUGUGAGGCACUUCAAAGAAAUAACUUAUGAACAUUCCUACCUUGGAAAAUAGGACAAUUAACACUUCUGGCUGUAAUGUAAAAAAAAACAACUGUUUUUAAGAUAUGUAGAUUCUUAUUUAAUAGCCUGAGUUUCUUGGUUUUUUUAAAUAUGUAAAAUAUGUUCUGAUAGGAACGGUUCUGGUUUAAAUUGUUUAAAGAGUUUUAAAUGUUUCUGUUUUUUGCAAACAUUUAAUUUUUUUCUUGGAGACUGGUAGGAAAACUUGAAUUGCCCUUUGCACUUGCAGUAGCUGAAGUGAAUUGUGGGAUCUCUGCCAUUGCAUGGCUUGGAAAUGGGACACAACCCCUGUUGCACAGGUUGCUGAUUUAACCAUGAGAGCACGUAGAGCAAGAUCAGGGAGUAUCUGUUGUUCAGAUGGCUUUUUCUUCUCUCUUGGAGACUGAUGUAUGUUUUAAUCCUCAGUUUGUAAAAUUUUAGAAAAGAGUUUAGUGAUGUAACCGGUCUCUAAACUCCUACGGGACAAAAAGUAGAAGGAACGGAUUGAAGUUACUAACAUAAGGAUCAGCCUUUUGGCUUCCUGUAUGUGGUAAAUGUCUUUCAAAUUCAUUCAAACUGAUGUUUUAUUUAAAUUAUACUAUAAUUCUCUGUUGAUGGUGUCUUGGCAGGAAAAUCUUCAGGAAGUCUGUGAUGCAUUGAGCUAUUCUUCCAUAUCUGUGGAUAUUAUUCCUUCUACUCAAGAGGCUGCCUGCAUCCAGCAGCUGUUUUUCCAUAAGCUCUGUGCUUAUGUCAGUUGUGUUUACUGCCUGGCAGCACCGGUGCUGUGCCUGUGGGGCCACGUUCUCAUUUCUGUGACUGUUAAUAAAUAAAUGCCUCCCGGGGUCACGGGAUUGCCACAGUGUUGUGGGUAACAAAGUUGUGCAGCAUGAACCUUUCAGGGACCUGAAAGUGGAAGGAAGGAGGUAUUUCCUACCUCUUGCAGCUCUCUUAAUGUGCUGGCUGGGUAACUGUCACACUACACACAUCCUGAUAGUUGAGAGAACAGGGACUGAACUGCCGUGGGUAAAUGUGUUCUUGAUCUCAGACACUGGCUGUUAAUCCUCUGUCCAGCCCAUCUUCACACUCCUGCAGCUGGUGUCCAGUGGAGAGAUUUGUUGGCAGAUGAUGGAGUGGGAGUUCAUUCCUUUUGAGAAAUGUUUCUCUCUGAGGCAGGUAUGUGGAAAGGAUAGUCUAAUUUUACUACAUUUGUUUUGUGUACUUGAAAGCUUUUUUUUUAAAUGUAUUUCCCACUAAAUUGUAACCCUGUGUAUUUAUGUAUAUUAACAUGCACGCUGCUGUUUCAUAAGCUGGACCUUCCUGAAAAGUAUCAUGUUUUCUACAGAAAUAAAAAAAAUGUGUUUGUUGAGGAAAUUCU